CAAAAUAAUACAAAUAUAUGCUUUUUGGAAUCUUAAAAUGAUCACACGUAUUUCAAGUGGCAGGUGAUGAUCGUGUACGUUAAUUUAAAACCAUCACUCGAAAGUCGUUCGGGGUGAUGCGCGAGGUUGCAUCACUGCGUUAUUUGAGUUGCUCCAGCAACAGAAAGAAGCGUCCUUUUCCGCGCUGCUCAUCGUCACAUCAACAUUGGAGGACUUUUUGGUCAUUUUCUGGAAAUGCCGACUGGUGGUUCUUAUGAUACUGCGAGAUGCUGGGUCCCAGGAUGCGUAAACCAGAAGAUUCCGGACAGGUUCAACACAACCGUCAAGUUGUUCAAGUUUCCUGCUGCGGACUUGCCUAGAUGCAGGAAAUGGCUGAAAGCUGUGGGCUCGAAGUACUUGCUUUCCCUCACCACCCAACAGGUGAAAGCCAAGUUCAUUUGCUGUGCACAUUUUCGUGACUACGAAAUCAGGAAGAACAAAGUCAAAACUACAUUGGUGACUUCUGCCGUCCCUUCACAAUUCCCGCCUGAAGUGUGUCCCCUUCCUGAUGAACUGGUGGAGCAAUGGCCUCAGAGUAUGGCGAAGGAGAAUCAGUGUGGAAGGGAGCUCGACUCCAGUGAAUGUCAGCUUCAAACUUCUCUGUCUGCGUCAACUCCGAGACCCCUUCAGAUACUUGGACUCAAUCAAGUGUCAGCUGCCGGAGUGCAUGCUGGAGGUUCAUCUCAGCAGGCAUCCUUGAAGCCUGACUCUGGUUCAAAGAUGAAUGUUGACAUUCACUUUCUGGAUGAUCCAAUUGACAGCCAGUGGGAGCUCGUGAACUUGGUUUUGUACCGCCACAAGGAAGACAGAGGUUUUCUUCGUGCCAUCUCAGCUAAUCUGAAAGUCGAGCCACCACGGUGCACAGUGGUAGUGGUGCAGUAAAUGUCAGCGGGUGGCAGUUGAGCUGUGAGCUGUACAAAUCAAUGAGAACUCCUUCCCUGGGACUCUUUGGACUUCCUCGUAGCAUGGGCUAAGUCUUAAAUCUUGUGGAACCUCAGUUACCAUCUUUGUGAUAAGAAACUUUGCCUUCAUCUGUCAAGAUUGCGAAUUGUAAUAUUUUAUGUGAUACCUUUGUGUUUAUAUUCUUAUUUUUCUCUUGUGAACCAUGAGGUUCCACUUUUUGUGUAACAUCUGUGACGACAUCUGUGAUCGGACCUAGCUUCUCACUUCCAUCUUUUUUGUGGAUGUGGUCCCUAACUUAGAGAGCUUUUAAUCAUAAAUUUACAUAUUGAUUGUUGGGAGGGAGGGGAAUAACUUCACGGCUCACCGCUUCCUUCAAGGUGCAGAUUCAGUUCUUUAAAUGUGUAUUCAUUUUCUGUUUGUGUCUUAUCUUUUGAUGAGACGUCAUACCUUACUCAUUUUUUAUCGUUUUCAGUAUUUUAUUAGUUUUAAGUUGUGUGAACCAUUUAAUAGUUAGGAUUUGUCUCUUGCUUCUGUGAAAUUUCCUUGAUUGGUGCAUGGAAACAUACUAAGUAUGUCUGCAAGGUGUGUAUGUUAGGUUUAGAAUUCAAACCACAUUUCUCAUGAUAUUUUUUAGUGUUGAACUAUGUGUUGUCUGCUGACUACUUUCUUUUUGUUUUAUUAUUUUAGUGUGACCGAACUUUAAACGUUCCAGUCAAUUUAUUUAUUUUUGAGUGUUCUCUUGCUUGUCAUCAUACCAUGUACUAGUCAAUCAAGUAGAGGUUUCCUGUUCAAUUAUUUGUCUGUUUGCUAUUCAGAAUUAAAACUGAAUUCUGCGCAA